AUGGCCAUUAGUCAAGCGGCAGGGCUCGCCACCACGCUUAUGCAACUGCCGUCGCUGCUCAUUUCUUGCGGAGUCGGGAGCAUCCUUUGCUCAUCAAUGACGACAGUCCAUGAUAACAGCACGGACAUGAUCUCGCUGCUAGAUUUCAAGCGGGCCAUCAUCAAUGACUCAAGACAAGCCUUGAGAUCUUGGAACGGCAGCGUCCCUCUUUGCAAUUGGGAGGGUGUCCACUGCAGCUCGGGGCGAGUCACUAAGAUGUACCUCAGCGAACGAGGGUUGAUGGGCCGGAUAUCCCCCUCCCUUGGCAACCUAACGUUCCUUAGGACACUGGACCUGUCCAAAAAUGGCUUCACCGGCGAGUUACCUCCUCUCAACCGUCUCCACAGACUGGAAUACCUUGACUUGGAAAAGAAGUCACUGCGAAGGACCAUUCCAGAUACUCUCACAAACUGCUCCAAGCUAAGGAGCCUAGACCUAUCUGCCAACUUACUAAUGGGUGAAAUUCCCCUAGGUAUAGGUCGCCUAUCCAAUCUAAGGAAAGUAUGGCUUUCCUCAAAUAAUCUCACCGGAACAAUCCCACCAAGCCUAAGAAACAAUAGUCAGCUUGAAGACAUCGUGCUUACUGAUAAUAGGUUCACGGGAACCAUUCCUGAUGAGAUGGGAAGUUUCCCAUCUCUUGUUUAUUUAGGCCUUGCUGAAAAUAUGCUAUCAGGUGGAAUGCCAGAAACCCUGUACAAAUACAAUCAGUCUUCUCUCCAAUAUUUAUACUUAUAUUCCAAUAUGCUUGGAAACACACUGCCAUCGAACUUUGGUGACACCUUCCCAGAUCUUAAACAUCUCUGUCUGGACAAUAACAAUUUGGAAGGUCAUCUCCCUGCUUCACUAGGCAAUAUUUCAAGCCUAAGGCUGUUAAACUUGUCUUCCAAUAAUUUCAUUGGUCAAGUUCCAGGUUCUUUUGGUAAUCUUGCACUGUUAGAAUACCUAAUCCUUCAGCGAAACAACUUUUGGGGCUUCAUCCCAAUAGAGCUUGGCGGCUUAAAGCAGCUCACCCAUCUGGAUCUGUCUGAUAAUAAUCUGCAAGGUGGUGUGCCAUGA